AUGUCACCUUCCACUAAGUUGUCUGCUUUUGAUUCCACCUCUGUGGAAGGUCCUUCUUUAUAUCGAAGUGUAGUGGGCAAUUUGCAAUACUUGCUAUUUACCAGACCAGAUCUUUCCUUUUCUGUCAACCGGGUUUGUCAAUUUAUGCAUGCCCCAUGCUUAUCCCAUUGGCAAAGUGUUAAGCGUAUUUUAUGCUACCUAAAGCAUACACUUCACUAUGGUCUAUUUAUCACACCUUCUCCCACUCCAUUUUUGGCUGCCUACACCGAUGCAGACAGGGCAGGAUGCCCAGAUGACAGGAAAUCAAAUGGUGGCUAUUGUGUCUUUUAUGGCAAGAACUUGGUUUUGUGGAGCUCAAAGAAACAAUCCAGUAUAGCCAGAUCUAGUAUGGAGGCAGAAUAUAAGGCCCUUGCCCAUGCAACCUCUGAAUUGUUGUGGCUGCAAUGA